AUGCACGUACUAGCACAGACAUCCUCACGGAACGGGAUAAUACGGUUGUCCCCCUCGUCGACAACGAAAAGUGCGCGACUAUCGAGGAAUGUGCUCAUUGGGCCUUUGAUUGUCGGCGGACAACGUCGAAGCCUUUGGUGGAAAUCAUCACCACCUGCGUCGGGGACGAGCGACGUGCCUAAUGAUGUAGACAGUGUCGCUGGUUCGUCUAGCACACUGUCGCCUCUGGAGCUCACACCCGCGACGGAGACUGCCUCGACUUCUGCGAGCGUAGCAGUGGACUCCGCCACCACUUCCCCAGAGACAACUGAGACCGCCGUAUCUAGUGUGGUUGACUCGCUUCCUCUGGAUGCCCCAGCAACACUCCUUUCAUCACCUCUCCCGCUUGAAUUCGGGGACCUAGCCGCGCUGGGACUAAUCUCGUACACUCCUGCGGGUUUCAUACGUUGGUCAUUCGAAUUGAUUAACGUUACUACCGCCCUACCCUGGUUCCACACCAUCAUCGUCGGUUCUCUCCUCUGGCGUGCCCUUCUCACCCCGUUCGUCAUCCAAAACCUUCAAAACACCGCUCGUUUACAGCCUAUCCAGCCCAAGCUUCUCGAGCUCCGGGACGAGAUGAAGCGCGCCAGCGAAAGUGGGGAUAGAUUGGCCAUGCAGAGAUGUGCGUUGAAGCAAAAGAAGAUCUACGGCGAUGCGGGGGUCAGCAUGGGUAAGAUGAUGCUAACGCCAUUUAUACAAUUGCCCGUUACGCUGGGUUUGUUCUUUGGUGUGAGGAAGAUGUGCAGUUUGCCUGUUGAGCAGCUGAAGGAGAGUGGCUUUAGCUGGUUGCCUGAUUUGACGGUUCCCGAUCCUCUGGGUUUGUUACCUUGGGUGUUGAUGGUUGUGGUCAAUAUUCAGAUCUCCGCUGGUGCGAAAGAGAUGAAUCUCAAGGAAAGGCCGGAGAUGGGUCAUUUCAUGAACGCCCUUCGGGUCCUUACGUUGGGAGGUGUAUGGGUCAUGGGUGACUUCCCUUCCGGUCUCAUGGUAUCCCUCCUCGUCACCUCGACCGCCACGACCGCUCAGACACUCAUUCUCCAAUCCCCCACCGUUCGCCGAUACUUCAACAUCCCUAUCGUCCCAUUAGAGCACAAGGGAAAACUCCCAUCGUUCAGACAAAGCAUUCAAUAUGUUGUUGACACGUAUCACAGCAAGAUAGAAGAGGCGAAGAAGGCGCAACAGCAAGAUAUGAUGAAGAGGAGGCGGUGA